AUGGCUUGGCAAAAAGCAUUGAUGGUGAAGGAUGGGAAGUCGAAAAGCAUGGAGAUGCUUGACGGUGAAUCUAGGCAGGUGAUUCAAGGAUUAAGGAAAAGGUGGAGUCUUGAAAACCACACGUGGCGAAAUAGUCCUGAAGAUGGGAAGAAGUAUGGUGAUUUUACCACUUGGUUGCCUCAAUGGUUAGGGUUAGAGCUCACAGAUGGGAAUCCUAGAUUGCAAGUAGUAGUGAGAAGAAAUCUUGCAAAGGGAGAUGUGCAUUUCAUACUUCCAUCUCAAGUAUCAAGCAUGCCUGAAUGCAAAAAUGUACCACUGUCUACUUUUGAUCUGCCUGAUUCUGAUCAAGAUGAUCUCCAAAACUCUACUGGCAGUACGUAUACAGAGAACCUGAAUUUCCUCCUCUCCACUUUAUCCUCAAAUGCUUCCUUGACCAGCAGGAAUGGCUUCUACAACUUCACUGCUAGCCAUGACCCCUCUAACAUGGUCUAUGGCCUAUUUCUUUGUCGAGGUGAUGUGAAUCCCGAUGUUUGUGGACAAUGUGUAGCAAAUGCCCGUGGGGAGAUUCUAAAGACAUUCUUGAAUCGAAAGACUGCUUUUAUUUCGCAUGACGAAUGCUUGUAUGCACUGUACAAGUUUUACAGUUCUGUAAGCCCAACACCCAAGCCUGCAUCGAAUCUUGGUCCUACUCCUCUCCCUUUUCCCCCUCCUUCCAAUUCCACUAAUAGUGAAGAGGGGGGCCGAAUCUCAACAAAAACAAUUGUUGCAAUCGUUGUCCUGGUCUCUAUUGCCAUUUUGCUAUUUAUUGUGGGCUUCUACAUAGCAAGGAGAUCCAGGAAGAAAUAUGAUGCCAUUAUCGCAACAAUCGGUACAAGUGAAAUCUCAAUCACAGAAUCAUUACAAUAUAACCUCAUUGAUAUUCAAGCUACCACGAACAACUUUGCCAUUGGAAACAAAAUUGGUGAAGGUGGAUUUGGUCUUGUAUACAAGGCUACACUUCAUAAUGGACAAGAAAUAGCUGUGAAAAGACUAUCAAGAAGCUCAGCGCAAGGUACAAAAGAAUUUAAAAAUGAAAUUACCCUGGUUGCUAGGCUUAAACACAGAAACCUGGUCCGACUACUUGGUUUCUGCUUGGAAAGAGAAGAAAAGAUACUUAUCUAUGAAUUUAUUACCAACAAAAGCCCUGACUACUAUCUUUUUGACCUAGAAAAGCAGCCAUUGUCAAAUUGGUCAAAACGAUACAAGGUCAUAGGAGGAAUAGCAAAGGGACUUCUUUAUCUUCAUGAAGAUUCACGACUUAGGAUUAUACAUUGCGAUCUUAAAGCCAUUAACGUAUUACUAGAUAGAAAUAUGAAUCCAAAGAUUGCUAAUUUUGGCUUGGCAAGGCUCUUUGAAGUUGAUCAAACUGAAGGAAACACAAGUAAAAUCGAAGGGACAUUUGGUUAUAUGGCUCCUGAGUACGCAUUGCACGGCUUGUUCUCUGUAAAGUCAGAUGUGUUUAGUUUUGGUGUUUUAGCUUUAGAAAUUCUAAGUGGCAAGAAGAACAGUCAAUUCUACCAAGCUCACCGCGGAGAUGACCUUCUAAGCUUGGAGACAAUGGAGGGAUGGAACAACACUAGCAUUGAUAGAUGUUUAUUUGGAUAG